AUGGCCCAAAUUGGAUUACUUCAUAAAAAACGAAAUUGUUCAGUAUUAAUGGCUGUGGGAAGUGAUAAUCGCUUGAAUAUUUGGUCGUUACAACGAGCUUUUCCGGGUUGUACUGGCCUUUAUCACUAUAAUGAUAACGAAAAUGAUAUAAUAAUGGUUCCUAACAAUAAUAAUGGUCUGCUCGAACAUAAUUGGGAUGAUAAUAUUAUGUAUUUUUCCUACUAUCCUGAUAAUAUCAAAUGA